AUGUUGGGCUGCGGCCUCGAGAGGGUCCCGCACGGCCCCGUGUGCUCCCCCCGAGCCCUGUCGUGCGGAACUUCGCGAGCCAAUCAGCUUCUCGAGCUCAUGAUUGACCGCUAUUUUGGCGUAUCAUUACUCGCGAUCCUCCCUCUCUCUGUCUGGAUUGGGGGCCAUCAAGUGCCGCUCCUCCUGGUCAAACGGCCGCGGGAUCGGCACGCCACGUCCCAGGGUAACCCAGCGUGUGUCUCCUUUCAUCCCCACAGGGAUUUCCUUCCCCGCGGCUCCGGCAUCGUCACCCGGCGGCCGCUCAUCCUGCAGCUCAUCUUCUCCAAGACAGAAUAUGCUGAGUUUUUGCACUGCAAAUCCAAAAAGUUCACGGAUUUCGAUGAGGUGCGGCAGGAGAUCGAAGCGGAGACCGACCGGGUGACGGGCACCAACAAGGGCAUCUCCCCCAUCCCCAUCAACCUCCGCGUCUACUCGCCGCACGUGCUGAACCUGACGCUGAUCGACCUGCCCGGGAUCACCAAGGUGCCGGUGGGUGACCAGCCACAGGACAUCGAGUACCAGAUCCGCGACAUGAUCCUGCAGUUCAUCGGCCGCGAGAGCAGCCUCAUCCUGGCCGUCACCCCCGCCAACAUGGACCUGGCCAACUCGGACGCGCUCAAGAUGGCCAAGGAGGUGGAUCCGCAGGGCCUGCGGACCAUCGGUGUGAUCACCAAACUGGACCUGAUGGACGAGGGCACCGACGCCCGGGACGUGCUGGAGAACAAGCUGCUGCCGCUGCGCAGAGGUACGGGGAGCGCGCCGUUCUGUGAUCUUUAAGGACCCUUUCCACCC